AUGUUCUCCAAAACUCUCUCCCUGGCCUCCGUCCUGGCCCUCACCAUCUCCGCCUCCGCCUUCACCACUACUUGCUACAGCGAUUCAGGCGACCUGAAGAGUCUCGGACUCUCUAAAUACGAGAGCACUGAACUCUGCGGCGUAGCGUGCCGCGACCGUGGAGCCCCCGUCGCGGCUGUCUCAGGCGGCAACGAAUGCUGGUGCGGCGACGAGGUGCCCUCGGAGGAUUCAAAGGUUGAUAAGGAGAAGUGCAAUACCAAAUGCGAUGGCUGGCCCGAGUCUACUUGCGGCGGAGAUGGCUUUUGGGAGGUUUGGUUGUCUAAGGCUAAGGUUUCUGAUACUAAGUCUGUACGCUCCGGUGUUCGCGCUGAGACUUUCGUCGCUUAA